AUGCGUCAGUCCUUUGCUUUGUUCCUCAGUCUCGCCGCGCUGGGAUUUGCCCAGGACAGUGGUACUCCCACCACUGCGACCGACCCAUCGGUGACCACUCCUACUGAUUCAGUCACCACUGAUCCCGCUACUACCUCCUCCAGUACGACUUUCAGCGCAGGUUCGAGUAGCUCAACCAAUGCCACGAGCACCACGCAAGGACCGAUAACACACACGGUGGCGGUGGCUUUGGGAGGCUUUACAUUUGUCCCGGACGUGACACUAGCCGAAGCAGGCGACACGAUUCUGUUUCAAUUUUACCCUACCAAUCACUCGGUCAUUCGCGCAGAAUAUGGAUAUCCUUGUGUUCCCUACGAGGACACGGGUGUCGAUAAGGUCGGAUUCUUUUCAGGCUUUUACCCCGUCGAUGCGAUUUUACCCGACCCGCCUCAGUGGUCGAUUGUGAUCAAUGACACAAAUCCCAUCUUCUACUAUUGUGGCGCGCCGGGAUCAUGUAUCAACCAUCAGAUGGUUGGGGUCAUCAAUCCCAAUGCCACGACGUCGCUGCAACACCAAAAAGACCUGGCGUCUGAAUCGCAAUUCAUGUUGCUGCCAGGUCAACCUUGGCCCGACGAGAGCGAGGAUCCAUUCACCACGUCGUCUCCGGCUCCCAGCGCGUCAGCAACUACUUCGUCCACCGGAUCUGCCCCCGCCAGUGCAACCAGCCCAAGUAAAAAGUCAUCCUCCGGUUCAGGCCUCUCUAGUGGGGCUAUCGCUGGGAUUGCAAUCGGAGCCUCCGCUGUGGCUCUUGCUGCCGCCGUUGCCCUCUAUCUUUGUGGCCGCCAAUCUCGCGCUCGCGGGUCCAGCAAUAAACAUGCCGAGGACCGCCCCAACACAGGCCACGCCACUCAAGUGUCCUACAAUCCACAGGCGCCACAUAGCCACCUGUCAUAUAUGACCGAUCCGACCAAGCAUAUGUCUAUGCACAGCAGCGUUGUGGGCAUGGCGCCCUCUCCAGCUCUUCCCGGAUACGUUCCUUCACAUGAUCCUACAAUGUCGCCCCCACUGCAUCCGGCGUAUCCCAUGCUCAUGAGCGAUUCUCUAAGUCCUGGUCCGAUGGCGCCAGGAAGCGACAUCACCUCACCGCACAGUCCGAGCCCGAACCAGAUGUAUGCAGUCCCAGCGUACAGCAGCGGUGUUCCGCAGAGCAUGAACGGAACACCUGUCCACUCUAUGAUUUAUAGUGCCCCGCCGCCGCCCCAUGUCCAUGAGAUGGCGGCGUCGGAGCCUUUACCCCAUCCUCAGUCCCCUCCGCCCCAAGGAGACGGGAUCAUGGGCUUCAUUCGGAGGUCAAGCGUCAGCAAGGCUGGUGGCGUGGAACGGUACGGGUGA